UAAAAUUAUAUUGUUUCUGUAGAAUCUUAUCCAAAGGAUAAUAUUAAAAUGAAAGACUACAUUGUAUCAAAGAAAAUGGAACAGUUGGAGAAUAAAAAUAAGAGCUUGUUCUCAAUGAAAAAGGAAAAAGUUGCUACUGGGACUAUGAAAAUGUCAGUGAUUUCAAAAUACCUACAAGCUUUUGGCUGGUCAUGGAUGUGGCUAACCAUAGUAGCUUACUUAGGUCAAAAUGCUGUAGCCAUAGGACAAAACAUGUGGCUUAGCACAUGGACAACAGAAGCAAAACAUAUUAAAGAUAUUGCGGAAUGGAAACUUUUAAGAAACCACAACCUCAGGAUCUAUGGGCUACUAGGAUUCAUACAGGGUCUUUUGGUUUGUUUUGGUGCUUAUGUCCUUACUAGAGGAUCUCUUUGUGCCUCUCGGGCACUACAUCGCCAGAUGCUACAAAAUGUGCUGCAUCUUCCACUUCAGUAUUUUGAAACAAAUCCUGUAGGUCAAAUCAUCAACAGGUUUACUAAGGACAUGUUUAUAGUUGAUAUACGUUUCCAUUAUUAUCUGCGGACCUGGCUGAACUGUACCCUGGAUGUUGUUGGAACAAUUCUUGUGAUUGUAUUUGCAUCACCCCUUUUCAUACUAGUAGUGGCUCCACUGGGAUACAUGUAUUUCACUAUCCAAAGAUACUAUAUUGCUAGCUCUCGACAAAUCCGACGUCUGGCCGGAGCUUCACGGACACCUAUAAUUUCGCACUUCAGUGAAACACUUCUAGGUGUGUCUACCAUUAGAGCCUAUGGAUGUCAGGAAAGAUUUAUUGACCAAAAUAAAGAUGUGGUCAAUGAAAACUUGGUCUGCUUCUACAACAAUGUGAUUUCAAACAGGUGGUUGGCUAUCAGACUUGAAUUUCUGGGUAACUUGAUGGUAUUUUUUGCUGCGUUGUUUACAAUGUUUGCUGGCAGUAAGAUGGAUUCUGCUACAAUGGGACUAUCAAUCUCCUAUGCACUGAAUAUAACUCAAAGUUUGAAUUUCUGGGUUCGAAAAGCAUGUGAAAUUGAAACCAAUGGAGUUUCUAUUGAGAGAGUUUGUGAGUAUGCUACAAUAGACAAAGAGGCCCCCUGGAUACUCUCCAAGAGACCACCUGUAGGAUGGCCCAAUGAAGGAGUGAUACAGUUUGUCAGUUACCAAGCUCAGUAUAGAUCAGAUUUAGACUUAGCUCUGCAGGACAUAUCUUUUCAAAGCCAAAGAGAAGAGAAGAUUGGAAUUAUUGGAAGAACAGGAGCUGGAAAAUCAACACUCACCAAUUGUUUGUUUAGAAUACUGGAAAAAGCUGGAGGCAAGAUAAUAAUAGAUGGCAUUGACAUAGCAACAAUAGGUUUGCACGACCUGCGGGGAAACCUCAACAUUAUUCCUCAGGACCCAGUCUUGUUCUCAGGGACACUUCAGUUCAACUUGGAUCCUCUUGGGAAACAUUCUGAUCUUGAACUGUGGGAAGCACUAGAGUUAUGUGACUUGAAAGAUUUUGUACAAUCACUCCCAAGGAAGCUUCUGCAUGAAAUAUCUGAGGGUGGUGAGAACCUAAGGUGUGGCUUCAACCUUAUUAUGGGACAGGGCAAAGAAAACAGGAGAAUAGUGACCUCAGGUUACUGUGCUGAUCAUAUGUGUUACCCUGGUGCUUUUAAAAGAGUAUGACCAUUUCAGAAGCACUGUCAGAGAAGCUACUUUGCGGUUCCUGGUAAGGGCUUCCAACUUAUAUACUUAAAACCCAGUUCCGAGUAUGUACAGGUUGGUUAUAAUUGUACUGUAUAGUAUCAGAUGUUAAAAUGUAGACUUAGUGAAAGAGGUGACUGAUCUUGACAUCAGUCACCUCAUGGGAAAGUCUUGAGCUACCUUCCAGACCAGUGUUUCUCAAACUGUGUUCCUCCAGGUGUUUUGGACUUCAGUUCCCAGAAAUCCCAGCUAGCUUACCAGCUGUAUGCAGUCGCACCUGGGGCUAUAGAGAAAGAGGCAUGGACGUGACUUCUUUCCCCAGGGGAUUGCUUCUUGCCCUCCUUUAGGGAAACUGGAACUCCCAAGGACCAGAACACAACAAGUAACUCGAAAUGGUGUUUAUUGUUGACAAUUAGUUCUCUUUCUUAGGCACAAACUUGAUGUUUCAACAGGGAAAAACACUUUAUAAACUCUAAAGUCCAGGGUCCUAGGAGUUAUAAGCUGAGAAGCUUUUCCUGUUCCCUCUCUCUCAAUGGUUGUGAAUGCCGGAGCAAACCACAACCCCAGUUCAGUGGCCUAAGUUGAAGGACAAGACCUUCCUAUGGUGCCAAAGAACCGGAAUGAAGGCGCCUGAGGUCUUCACAAUUUCGUUCAGGAGGUUUGAACAUAAAGAAUAAGACUCAGGGGUCAAAACCUAAGAGUUGGUAGUAAAAAAUGCCUUGACCAGGGGCUUUGGGCCAAGCUUUGCACACGUCCAUCCAAUGAGUCUUUUUCUGAGGUAAAAAAGGUGAGAGAGAUACCUUUCCUUUCUCCCUUGGAAGGGGCGGAGCCUAAACAAAUGAACUGGGGAAACAAGCCAAUUGGU